CUCCUGACGUCACCGGUUCCGUCCCAACACGGAAAUAUGGAACAGUGACAAGAACCCUCCGCCGCCGCUGUUGUUGUUAUUAUUAUGGAUUAAAAGCGGUACUAACUCGGCUUACAUUUUGUUUUUGUUUUUUCCCACUUUGUUCGUCCUGUCGUAGCUUCUUCGCGAUGUUCAAACGGCCGCUGCUAACUUUCUGACAGAUGGACGCCCGAGCUGGAAAUGGAGAGAGAGUUCGACCUCUGUUGUUAGUUCAAUAGCUUCAGUCCUCCGUUUUGUUUCAGAGCCAUGACAGAAAGUGUUUCGGGGGUCAUGGGGGCUCUCGGACGCCUGCUGCUGUUUCUUCUCCUGCUCUCCUGGGAAGGCAAACUAUUUCAGGUUGGAGGGGUCAGAUCCGUCACCCUCCCAGAAUCCCUCCUGUUUGUCUCGACGCUGGACGGUAACCUGCACGCUGUCUCCAAACAGUCAGGGGACAUCAAGUGGACCCUAAGAGAAGACCCCAUUAUUCAAGUACCAGUCUACCUCACUGAGCCGGGUUUUCUCCCAGACCCCAACGAUGGCAGUUUGUACGUCUUGGGUGGCAAACACAAGGAAGGCCUGAUGAAACUGCCGUUCACCAUCCCAGAGCUGGUUCAGUCAGCUCCCUGCAGGAGCUCUGAUGGUAUUCUCUAUACAGGUAAAAAGCAGGAUGUGUGGUUCGUGGUGGAUCCUGAGACAGGUGAGAAGCAAACCAGUUUAACCACCUCCUCCUCUGAAUCCAUCUGCCCCAACACUCCUCUGCUUUACAUUGGACGCACAGAAUACAUGGUUACCAUGUUUGAUACUAAGACACAGGAGCUGCGGUGGAACGCUACGUACAACGAUUACUCAGCUCCACCUUACGAUGAGAAACAAGACUACAAAAUGGCCCAUCUUGUGUCGAGCGGUGACGGUCUCGUGGUGACAGUUGACAGAGAGACAGGUGACGUCUUGUGGAGUCAGAACUAUGGCUCGCCCGUCAUAGGGGUCUACCUGUACUCUGGUGACUCGCUAAGACACGCCCCCCACCUGUCCCUCGCCAUGGAAACGCUUCGCUUCCUCACCUUCUCCUCUGCCAACGACCAGGCAGACGCACACUCUACACUGAAAUGGAGCUAUCAGUUUGUGAAGGAGCAAGCCAGCGCACAGGCUCAACUUGUACCAACUCUCUAUGUAGGAAAAUUGGACUCCCACCUCUAUGCCUCCACCUCCCUCGUCCACCAUGGAGUCUCAUUAGUGCCUCGUGGACUGACCCUAGCUCGGAUUGAGGGUCCAGUGACGGCUGGGGUGACGGUCAGAGAGCGAGGGGCGUGUGAGAUCACACCGUCCACUGAUGUGCGCUAUCCACCAGGGAGCUCAAACAGCCAGAAAAACCACUGGCUGCUAAUAGGUCAUCACGAGCUCCCUCCAGUAGCUCACACCACCAUGCUGAGAGAUUUCCCAGGCAGCCUGCAGCGUUCUGGUGAGGCAGUCAUCCCUCCUCGAGCCUCUGCCUCCCCCAUCUCCUCUGCCUCCUACUACCACCAGCGCUACUUUCAGACAGUUUCUGGUGGCCAUAGCGACACUAAUUCUAAUAGAGGAGGGGUUGAUGGGAGGACAUCAGGACAGACUCAGAGACCGGCCGCUGUGCUGCCUGUCUAUAUGACUCAGGAUCGUCUUACUCUGGCUGUUCUGACGCUGCUGCUGGGGGGAUGGCUGGCCUUCGCGCUCACGUACCCCGUUCGUGCAGCCCAGCAGCUGAAAGCUCAGAGGCAGCUGGAGGAGGCUUUUGAGUCUCGUCUCCAGCGCAUGCAGACAAACAUGCAGACCAACACGCAGGCCAACGCGGCAAUAAACACGCAGAUAAACACCCAGAUAAACACCCAGACAGCAACUCUGAUCUCUUCAGACACAACCCUUUCUACUGACACAAACCUCUCUAGUGACUCUCAGUCAGCAUCUGCUAGCCCUCCUCCCAGUCCUCACACUCACAGCAGCGGCACCUUAGAUAUAAAUGGCACCGCUGGGCUCAAACCCACAGCAGAAGGAAACAGUGAGGAGGUGCAGGUGGGUAAAAUCUCCUUCACUCCAACGGAGGUGCUUGGACACGGCACAGCGGGAACCUUUGUCUUCAGGGGUACAUUUGACGGACGCCAUGUGGCGGUGAAGCGAAUACUGCCCGAGUGUUUCGAGUUAGCAGAACGUGAGGUGCAGCUCCUCCGAGAGUCCGACACGCACCCGAAUGUCAUCCGAUAUUUCUGCACAGAGAGAGACCGCCUCUUCACUUACAUCGCCAUCGAGCUGUGUACUGCAACCCUGCAGCAGUAUGUGGAGGAUCCAUCUUGCUUUCCUGGGCUGAAUCCUAUAACUCUGCUGGAACAGACCAUGUGUGGCCUCUCACACCUCCACUCACUCAACAUAGUCCAUCGUGACCUGAAGCCCAGAAACAUCCUCCUUUCUGGCCCCAGUGCGCUGGGUCAGGUGCGAGCUCUCAUAUCUGACUUUGGACUCUGUAAGAAGAUCCCAGACGGUCGGAGCAGCUUCUCUUUACGGUCAGGAAUACCAGGAACUGAAGGAUGGAUAGCUCCUGAAGUUCUGCGGGACACUCCUGGCAACAAACCGACUGCUGCAGUGGACGUGUUCUCAGCAGGCUGUGUGUUCUACUUUGUGGUCAGCAGGGGGCAGCACCCCUUUGGUGAUCCAUUGAGACGACAGGUCAACAUCCUGGCAGGAGAAUAUUCACUCUCACAUUUUAUGGAGGAUAUACACGAUGACGUCAUAGUGCAUGAUCUGAUUGAGCAAAUGAUCAGCACUGAGCCAGAGUCCCGCCCCUCCACGGCCUGUGUGCUCAAACAUCCGUUCUUCUGGAGCCCUGAGAAGCAGCUGCUCUUUUUUCAGGAUGUGAGCGACCGCAUUGAGAAGGAACCAGCCGACAGUCCGAUUGUUGUCAGACUGGAGACUGCAGGAAGAACUGUGGUUCGAACCAACUGGAGGUUGCAUAUUUCUGUGCCCCUACAGACAGACUUGAGGCGGUUCAGGACAUAUAAAGGAAACUCAGUCAGAGAUCUGCUGAGAGCCAUGAGAAAUAAGAAGCAUCACUACCACGAGUUGCCACCGGAGGUGCAGGAGACUCUUGGAGAGCUGCCCGAAGGCUUCGUCAGCUACUUCACCUCAAGGUUUCCACGGUUACUGAUGCACACACACAAUGCCCUGCACAUCUGCAGCCAUGAGAGACUGUUUCACCCCUACUAUCUGCCCCCCAAUGCUAAAUAGCAUCCACAUGAUACAGACAUAUACACACACAUACACUGGUGUACUUUUUGUGAGCUAAUGAAAUCCCUGACAGUGCCCCGUUAUUGCUUUUGUAAAGCCCAGACAGUUUUUUGUUUAUUUUGGGGGGAAGUUACAGUGCUAUGAAAAGUUUUUAUAUGCCUUGAGUUGUUUUUUUUUUUUUUUUGAUUCAUUUUAUUUUUCUGCAGCUAUUGAUCACGUUUUUUUGAAAAUGUUCUUAAACUAUAUCCUAAUGAGUAACUAAUGUGCGCUCUUCAUCAAAUAUACAUGAUGAAGAGCGCAGUGGUUCAGCAAUGUGUUUCCCCCCCAAACAAAUUCAGGAGAAAACGCCACCCGAGUGCCACCUGAUUUUGUUUUGGGAAAACAAACAGAUUGCAGUGCUUGAAUGGGGAGAUCUGAAGAACGCCGUUAAAGAAAGAACUUUUUAAUAAGGCGCUCCAGGUUUCCUCAUUCCAGAUCCUGUCUGUUGAAGCAUUGGUUUGAGCUUUAGGUUGGCGGAUGUGUGGAGAUUCCUUCAUCCUUAUUCUACAUUGCAGUCCUUAUUUUUUUUUUAAUUUGAGUCAGAGCAACCAAUUAAAACUUAGUAUAGGAGAAGCACACCUGUUUUCUCUCAAGUGCAAUAGUUUAUUGGAAUAAAAGAAGAAAGUUCCAUAAUGGCCAAGAAUGGCUUUAAAACCAGUAACUUGUUCCUUGGCCCAUUCCACCUGAUUUCACUGAAAUAUGUUUACAACUUUAGAGAUAUCCUGCUAACAAACAAACAGACUGGAAACAUAACCACGGUGACAGAAGGAAUUAUUUUAAAGGUAUUUUUUUAGAAUAUUUUCGGCGCAUUUUUGCCUUUACAAGAUAGUUAAUAGUAUAGAGACAGACAGUAAACAAGAGGAGAGUGAGGGGAAAUUACAUCCAACAAAGGUCUCCAGUAUGAAGCCCAUCAUUUUAAAAAUAAGUUUGUCUGAAACUUAUAUAAUGAUAUAUAAUCUUACUUUAGAAUUACAGGAAAAUGUCAAGACAUUUUAAAUUAAAUUAAAAACAGUGUGCUCAGGUCUUGCACUCCAGUUGUAGCAACAAGUUUUAAACUUGCAGUUGUAAUAAUAAUUUGGAAAUUGAGCCAUUGCAGCCUUUUAACAAAUGGAACCAUAUUGGAUUUUAGGGAGUCAAAUGAGUUUAUCGUAGAAGGUGAUGUUCACCUAUAAUAGCUGUGGAGUCUGGAUUAAAUCUGUCCACAAACAAAGAAUGUGCCAAAGACUCCACAAUAGUUACUUUGCUGUUUGUUUUUAUGUAUUUGAUGUAUGUGUGUCCAUUACUGUAUUGCUGAAUGUAGUUACACUGACUAAAGAAUGUACUGAGCCUUGUUUUUUUAAACUAAAGGCAGUGCAUGGAGCGUAAUAGGGAAAUAUCAUUGGCACUGUUGAAAUGUGCAUAUGAUGUGAAAAUGUGUGCAAGAAAUAAUGCAACAAUGUCAACUACACUGACAAUUUUUAAAAAAUGUAUAGAGAUUUUCUUUUUUUGACUCAAUUUUGAACAGAAUUGUAGUUUUAUUUCUACCACUGCUGAAUGAAGGCAUCGCUUUGAGCUUUUUCCAGCCUCACAAAAUGUCACCCGGAGCCAUGUGAAAGCUCUUCCUGUACCUACUGGACGAAAUUUUGUUUAUUGGUCUGCAGUAGAAUGAAUGAUGAAGAAUCAAACUUUUGUACUUUUUUCUUAAAUGAGUGAAUAAAAUUGACGCUUUGGGUGUGCCAAAGAAUGAAGUAA